AUGCCGCAGGCCGAAGUUCGAAUUGUAGCCUCCUGCCCAGAAGCUCACCACGACCGAGUAUUGGACAUUUGCAAGGGGUCUGGAAUGUCCAAGGCUUUUGGCAAGCAGGGCGAUUUCAUUUACGCGCUCAACAGCGGAGCGACGGUUUGCCAGAGUGUAUUGGAUGCCACAUUGCACUCAGAGUGCUCUUUGGUUCGAAUUCUUUGCAUUGAAGGCGGCCCCAAUUGUGAUGAAGAAAACGCUGCUAUUCCGGCUCUGAAAAAGGCCGUCGCGGAUGACCUGAAGAAACAGACCGGCCGACAGGUGGAGGUGGCAUCCGCGUGGAUGAGAAUGGAGCUCUUUGAAACAGAGUUCGGCACUUUGGCAGACGAAGCCGCGGCCGCGAAACAUCUGGAGCUCAGCCGGUAUACUGACUAUAGAUAG